UAUCCUCACUUUCAUCUUUGUCAUGUGGGAGGGAAGAUUACAGAAUGAUUGCAUUUGGGGCAGGUUUUUUUUUCUUAUUUUUUAAUUUUAUUAAAUAUAAGAAUUACAAUACGCUUUAAAAUGUGUAAAAAAAAAAAAAAAAAAAAAAUCUACAUGAGGGGGCGUAAUGUCCACGAUAUCCAACUAUUGUCACUGUAAAAUAAAUAAAGUAUGAUGUGCGAAAAGUAUGUUUACACCAGAGAAGUGUGUCCAAAAGGGUGGCAUUUUUAUUAGAUGUAUAAAAAUCUUAAUUUGAAUAAAAGCAUCAUCAUAUACACACAAUUUCACAUUUUUUUUAAACCUUAAUUCAGUUUUCACAACACUUUUAAAAAUAGAUAAUUGCAAAUGUUUUUUGGGCAUCUCUGUAACUUUGUACCACGGUCCCUGUGCCCUGUUGUGGAAAAUGAAAAAACAGACAGUGUGUCGACUUGAUGCUUUGAUAUUUUAUCUGCAUCAUAUGGUUUUGUGGCAAGUGGUAGCUCUGUAAGUUUCUGUGCUAAUGCCUAGAGUCAAAGCCCCAGAAUGCCACAGAGACAAAACUGAACAAGGCACUUAACCCUAUCAGACUGGAUUUGCCUUCAUUUAUAAGUCCACAUGAAUAAAUGUGUUUUUAAAGCCAAGUCAAAGUAAAUAAAUGUUUUUCUAAAGGAGAAGUGUGAGGAGAAGUUUAGCUAGUGAAUUUAAGCUGCUUUCUUAAGUAAAACUGAAUGCAAGACUGAAGUCUGACACACUGAUCUACAACCAAAGGUUUGCACCCCUCAUUCUCCCUGGUCUUACGUUAAUAUGUUUAUGCCUUACAUCUUUGAACCUGUACAUUUGCAUUAUAUUAUAUUUGCAUUAUAGUGAUAAAUAAGUGAAUGGUGGGAAACUAAUGGCCAUGCAAGUGCACCUUGGGUAUCUUGUAAUAUAGUUUCUGAAAGCGCCAGCUUGGUUCUGGAUGAACUUUAUUGACAUAAGUAUGUUUGAACACUUUUUUUCUUGGAUUUUUCUUUCUUGGCCUGUUUUAUAGAACAAGCCAAAAUAUGCAAACACAUGCACCUCAGUACAGCUGUUCUUGCUUUAUUGGCAACAAAAGCGUAAUGCUAAUAAAGAAGAAUAGGAGAAAUGUCUGCAAACUGGAGCAACUCAGAAAUUGCUCAUCAGCAUGAGAUGAAUCAUUUACAAGUGAAUCAACAGCAGACUCUGAAAAUGCUGCAUAAGUGAGAAAAUGCAGCCAGUCAAAAAACUUAAAUGUUUGAAACAAUUUCCACCAAUUUAUUUUCUGUGAAUUUUUUUUUGGUCUUGGCCAAUUCCCACCCACCAGCAGUGGUCUCUGUUGUAUGCUCUCUAGACUCCUGGGCCAUGGCUCACUGUGGCAUCAUCAGUAUUUGAACUUGCGAUGUCCAAAUAUUAGGGUGAACACUUUUCUGUUUUACCAGUUGGGAGCCCCGUGGGAUUUCUUAUAUGCCACUCUUUGUGUAAUGGGAUUUUUUUUAUAGUAAAUGUGAAAGUGUGCAUCCCAUUAAAAUACAAUAUAUAGCCAAAAGUUUGUGGACACCUGACCAUUACACCCAUUUGUGGGCUUUCACCAAACUGUUGCCACAAAGUUGUAAGCACACAAUUGUAUAAGCCUGAUCUCAACCCCAAUGAACACCUUUGGGAUGAACUGGAACACCAACCGCACCCCAGGCCUCUGCGCCUGACAUCAGUGCCUGACCUCACUAAUGCUCUUGUGGUUGAAUGAGCACAAAUCCUCACAAAUUUUUCCAAAAUCUAGUGGAAAGCCUUCCCAGAAGAGUGGAUUCUGUUAUAGCAGCAAAGGAGGGGGACAACUCCCCCUUUGGUUUAUGGUUAAUGACCAGAUAGUGUGAAUGAUGCAUAGCAUGAACAUUACCAGUAAAGGAAUGCUGAUAAUAUCUAGGUUCUCUGUUUUCCUGCCAAACCAGGAUGGUAGAUGGAUUGGCUAUGAUCAAUUGUCUGUGUGUGUGUGUGUGUGUGUGUGUGUGUGUGUGUGUGUGUGUGUGUGUGUGUGCGCCCUCUGAUGGACUGAUGUCCCAUUCCGGAUGUAUUCCCACCUCCCACCAAGUCUUCCGGGGAUAGGCCCAGAUCCACUGCAACCUCGACCAGGAUAAAGCAGUUACAGAAGAAUGAAUGAAUGAAUACAGAAAAUGAGCAGAGACAAACAGCUUACAUAAGCAUUCAAACAAAUACAUGUUUUGUCAGUUUGAUUGCUUUUUUGUGUAGAAUCUUUUUUUUUUUUGCAUUUUUUUUUUUGGUAUACAUUUAUUCAUUGACCAAGCUGUGUGUUUAUUUAUUUAGGCAAAGUUAUUAAUUGUGUUAUUAUAUGUGACUAUAUAUUUUAUUUAUAUAUAUUAUAUAUUUGUGCUAUUGUUUGUUUAACUUUGUCAGAUAAGCUAGUAUAACAUGUAGCUAUAACAGACCCAGGAGUCGUGGACAGUAAUGGCCUGUGUGUCUAUAGUCUACAGGAUGGCAUGAAGAACCUUUAGCAUGCCUUCAGUCUCCAUGGCAAAGCUUUGGGACGGUUUUUGCACAGGAAACACUGUCAGAACUGCUUUACCCUAACACCAGUGUUUUUACUCAAACAUCUAGCUAUAAUUUAAUGUUGAUAUUAUGAAUGAAUUUCGGGAGUCAGGUUCAGUUGAGGCUGCAGUGUAGCGCCAUUAGACAGAUAGUGAAAAUGGAUUAAAAGGUAAUCCGUUAGGGGUAAGUGGAAUAAAAUGUCACUUUUUCAGUGAACUGUUACUAAAAUAAAGUAAUAUAUGGUAAUAUAAGUAAAACUCGACUUUAUUUUUUUUUUCUGUGUGUCAUUUUGUGAUGCUGCCCGGCUCCCUGUGAGGAAAACAAUGCCUUUUCAUGGCUCACGUGCGGCACAGGAAAGAAAGUUCUCGAUAACUCAAGACAUUCUUAAGUAUAGACACUGAGAAUAUUGUAUUAAAGUGGUUAUAUCAUUAUUCAAGUUCUUACGACACCACGUAAACAUUUUCUACACAUCCACGCAAGUGCAUUCUGGCUCAUUCAUUAUAUUUUGUUCAUCUGGCUCGUUCAUUAUAUACAUUAUAUUAUAUUUGUAAUGGGUAUUUUUACUCUACUGUUUUGCUUUACUUUGUAUACCACUAAAAAAAAGAAAAAGCCAUACUAAGUGUCUGCAAAAGAUUUUUAUUUCAUUAUUAAUUUCUGGUACACUACCCACAAUCCCAUUCGAUUUCAUGCUGAUAGGUAAAGCAACGGUGCAGCAUCGCUUUAAUCCUUUAAUCUAUCCAGCUCAUCUGUACACUUUGCUUUAACUUCUUGAAUUAUUAUUAUUAUUAUUAUUAUUAUUAUUAUUAUUAUUAUUAGGGGGCCAAGCACCAAAAGUGCAUUUUCUUCAUCUUCUUCUUCUUCUUCUUCUUCUGGCUAGGAUAUCUAUGGCAGCCCAUAGAACCAUUUGGUAAAAAGUUUGCCACACUCAUUGGGGAGGGUCUAAGCAACAUUCUGACCAAAUUUGGGCCAAGUGUUGCCAACACUCUAAUGCCAUCAUCGAGUCAAAUUUGGGCUUAAUUUGGAAGUACGUUUAUGGUCAUAACUUUUGAACCAUGUGUCCAAAAUUUAAAAGCCAAUGCAAUUUAAAAGCCAAUGCAUUAUAGCCCAUUCACCUCAAGGUUCGAUGUUUUGUGCAUGCUGAGAUGCUUUUCUGUUCAUCAUGGUUGUACAGAGUAGUUAUUUGAGCUACUAUAUUCUUCCUGGCAGCCCGAUCACCCUCCUCUGACAGUGUAAAUGUAAAAAAAGUCCCAGUAUAAUCAAAUUAAUAAAUGAUUACAUAGAACACUCAUUUAAGGUUUAUGCAUAAUGAUAAUUCAGAUGCAAACUUGCAAACUGAUUUCUUGUGGAAAAGAUUGCAUAAUGGAGACAAUUGCAUUGAUCCACAGUUUAUACCAGUGUGACAGUGAAAAUGUCUAAUGUACAGCCAGUUUAUGUUCAUGACAAAAAUAAACCUUUGUAAAAAAAACAAAAAAAAAAAAGAGUUGUGUUUAUUUACGAGGUUCAUUCAGCUGCACAGCUUGACCAUAAAUGAUCACAGAGAAGCCUGCUAGCAGUGAAAGUUAUCUCUCUCAGCAGUGAGCUGUAAAUGCUUUCAAGGCAUUGGCUUUUGUUUUUCUACAAUCUCAGAGUGUCCUGCAGUUGAACUCCAGCUAGCACAAAAAAACUGCUCAUAAAACCGUCAGCUAUGACGCGUAGGUUAGUCUUUUAUUGCCUUUGACCAGGCACAGAGGAUCUGUGGGGGAUGCAGGGUUGAUAAGCAAACCUUUCUGAGUGUGGUGUAUGCUGAUUCCACUCUGUGGCUACUCAGACUGGGCACUUCAGCUGUUUACAUCUUUGCGAUGCUGGUUGAGAAUGAAGCUAUGGUGCAGAAACUUCAGGAGUGGACUAAGGGGGGCAGCGAUCUUUGUCAGGCAUUAGGACAACUCUUGUUGAAAGAUGAGCCUGACGUUGUACUGAGUGCUGCUGGAGCUGUGGCAUCACUGGUUGAAACCCCAUCAGGACUGCAGUGGCUGCUUCAGGAGCAUGCCGUGUUCAGCCAAGUCCUUGAGAGAGUCACUUGCCUUCUGAGCCACGAGAGAGAGAGAGUGGUUAACUUGGCUGCUUUCAUUCUAGCACGGCUCUCUCUGUAUGAACCGGCCUGCGAAAGGCUUCUAUGUGACCCGUCAGCUUCGAUGAUUUUUGGGCGUUUAGUUCAGUGCCUGACCCACAGCCGCACAGACACUGCUGUGAAUGCAUCCUUCACUAUUGGAUGCUUGUGUGGGAGUGAGCAAAGCAGAUGCCUGAUCCUGGCUGAAGCCAAAGAGCAAAAGCUGGUGAGUGGUCUGGAAAUGCUAUUGUCCAAUGGGGCGGAGUCAGAGGUGGGGCAAACAGCUUGCUUUGCAUUGAGUUGCUUGGCAUCUAAGGAUGAUGGACACACCUUGUUAAUGGAGAGCCCGUCCUUACCCGGUUUGUUGGAUGGUCUACUAAAUUUAUUGAAAAGUGGAGACCCAGACAGCACUUGGUUUGCUGCAAUGACAGUGAGAGUGUUCGUGUCUCGACCACAUGGAGUGAUUCGAGUUAGAGAGCACAGCACUUUGGAGGAACAACUAAAGCGUCUCUCUGUGUCUCCAUCCACGGGCUUGGAGCUGCAGGAGGAGCUUAGUGCAUGCAUGAGGAAAUUGAAGCGCCUUCCUAAACCAUCCCCUGUUACUGUCCAGCACCAGUCAAUGGCCUGCAUUGCAUCAUGGGAGAGACUGGAGCCAGAAAGUGGCCUGGAAGUUACCUAUAGUCUCUUUGAUGGAGAUACCAUGUUGUACCGUGGCCCACGGUGUCAAAUCACUUUACCUCAUUCCCAUUUCCAGCACAAACUGUCGCUGUCUCUACGGCUUAGUCUCUCUACGUCAGAUGGUGAUGUGAGUCCCUUUAGCGAACGUGUGGAGAUAAGAGUGGAGGGGGUGGAGAUUAGACCGGGGCCUCCGCAGGACCUGCGUGUUAUCUCCUGCACAGCUACUGAGGUGCGACUGAAAUGGGCGGGGCCAGAGGGAAAUGUCAAGCCCAGAUCAUUCCAGGUUUACUGUGACGAUGUGCUGCUGGAGACCACCAGAGAGCUGGGGACUACAGUGAGCUCGCUGUCUCCCAGCACUACGUACACGAUAAGCAUUUGUGCACUGGGUCCAGGAGACACAAGCAGUUCUCGGUGUAGUGUUGUUAUUCACACUGCAGAUGGUCAAGCUCACGCUCCCAGUGGCCUGGUGGUUGCUGUGCUGGGAUGCCACAAGCUCCAAAUCAUCUGGGCUGCUCCAGCGGUGCCACUCGGCCGCCUCUUCUCAUAUGAGCUACGUCUGAACGGGUGUGUGGUAUACUUGGGCAGAGAGUGCAUGUACACGGCACGCCAUCUUACCGCCAACACACCAUACACCUGCACAGUGACAGCCAUCACCUCCAGGGGGCGCUAUCAGAGCCGGGCUGUCACCAAACGCACAGCCAAGGAGGAAUGUGUGAACAUGAACAGGCCAUUUUAA